AUGAGCUCGAGAGAUGGUCGGAAUGCGUCGGGUCAAGUGGCGAGACCGCAGAACGUUCCGCCUAUAAAGAGCCGCGAGGGCAAGCGCGGCCGCUACGAUGGUUUCGGUCGAUUGCUGAUUUGCACGGCCAGAGCGAUGCUUGUCUAUGUCCACGCCGCCUCGUUUUUGCACAAGUGGGAAGUUGUCAAGUGUGUAGAGCGCGUCCGGAUGUUGUCGGAAACAUGUGCGAAUCUGCAGUUGCUAUCCUGUAUAUGA